AUGGGCCAGCAAGUUCUUGCGCUAAAAAGUGGUUCAGGGCUCCGAGACCUAGGUGAAGUUUGGGUUUCGCGUUUGAAUACACAAGGCUUAACUGUAGGGGUUGGGCAUGAAAUAGAGGGAUUUGAAAAGGAGGAAGAUUUUGAUGGGGAGGAGGAAGAGGAGGAAGAAGAGGAAGAAAAAGAGGAAGAUGAAGAGGAAGAGUUAGAGCGGAUUGGGGAUGAUGGUGGUGAGGGCGAGGAAGACGACGAUCUUGAU